CUCCCCCUCUGUCUCCUUCUUAAACUCCUUUCCCUCUCUUUCUCUCCCUGUCUGUCAUUUCUUUGCUCUCUCACUCCGGCAUCAUGUUCAGUUUUCUUUGUGUUUGUCGGAUCGGCGCCUCGCUGAUUCUGCUGCUGACUGCUGUCUCAGAAGCCGAGUUCAGUGAUUUCUACGAAGACUCGACAUCAACUCCGGACUACGACUCCGACUCCGACUACAAGCCCACGUUUGAUUAUGGCUUUUACAGUAACACCAGCAGUGAUGAACUUGAGGAGUUUCUGAAAGACAAAGCCAGAUUCCUCGACCUGGACAGCAGCACAGAUCGAGAGCAACAGGAAGAGUCUGUUACCAUGGUAACUUCAUAUGGACCCACAGAGAAGGGCAGCGACGAGAUGCAUAACGCGGCAGCACUUCCUGUUUCUUUGGAAUCUGGAGUGUUGAUGUGGAUUCUGCUCCUGUUGAGUGUCCAACAGAUAUAAAACGCCCUGUAGCCCCAAACACAUGAGAUGUUCCUGAUUCAGCACUAACCAGUCAGUGUGGGUCACAUUAUCUCAGAUGGGAUGGGACAGUUCUGUGACCUUUGACAUGAGCACGGCAGCAGAGGCGAUGACUCCGCCCAUCGAGGGACGGUGUGACGUUUGGCCAAUCACAGAGUCAAUAUCUACACUUGAAAAAGUCACUAAUUUAUAUUUAAAUUCAGAUCAAUGUAAAUUCAGAUAUUUUUACACUUUGCACAUUUUUUUCACUUUGUGAAUGUUGGAGACACAAAAAACAAGAAAAUAUUUCUGGAAAGGUGACAUUCUGCUUUCUGAGGCUGCAUGUCUAUGGAACUAUUUAA